CACAUCUUAAUGAAGGAACGUCAACACACGCAAGCAUUUCCACGCAGUCAAUCAUCUCGGCCAGAUGACUGUGUAUCGAUUCAGUCAUCCAAUCACACCCUACUGGAUCCAGCUGAAGCAGAGCUUCCUGAAAACGGACAGACGGACACUUAUCGCCAUGUUGGAGUCCCGGCAAAGCAUAGCUCUUUUCUGGACAUCAAAGCCGACUACAGGCAAUCUCGAUCAAUAGAAGAGGCUCAUUGGGCUCUGCUGCUUAAUGAGGUCGCCGAAGUUCGUUCGUACCUGUCAUCCCAACAAAAGAAAUACGAUGAACGAUCGGAAGAGAUGUCGCAGUCGCUAAAACUACGGUCUCAUGAUCCUGGUUCCACGCUCUUGUUCGGGUCGGCGAGAAACAUGAGCCGAGCAGAAAUCCUGGCACAGUUACCAUCUCGAUAUAGCUGUGACAAGUUCGUCGCGAGAUACUUUUCUCGCCUUUCUCCUGCAAUAUAUAUACUUCACAAGGCAACCUUCAUGAAACAAUACGAGCGCUUCUGGUUGGAAAAAGCCUCGGCGUCGGGAAUGUGGUUGGCCCUUUUGUUCGCGAUGAUGCGUAUUGCAGCACUCGACUACUUACGUGAAGAUGACGAGCCAAUAGAGUACAGAGGUUCAUGUCAAGAUCUUGCGAACAGCUUUCGCAGUCAUUCCUCUAGUUGUCUGAUACUUGCAGACUACCUACGGCCACAGGAAUUUACGCUCGAGGUGCUUAUCUUGCAUCUAUAUGCGGAGUAUCUCUCGAGCAGGGACGCAAAAUCAAGUACGUGGGUCCUGUCCGGCAUGAUCGUGCGCCUUGCUAUGAGAAUGGGAUACCAUCAACCAUCUCAACCCAAUUUAAGCCAGACGGUAUUUCAGGUUGAAAUGCGCCGGCGGUGUUGGGCGUUCAUUCGACAAGCAGACAUAUUGCUGUCCUUCCAGGCGGGCUUGCCUUCCAUGAUUAAAUUGCAAGAUCAUGAUGACUCUCUUCCACGAAACAUAUGUGACGACAAUUUCAACGAAGAUUGCACCAUCCUUCCAGUUGCGCUGGCGGAUUCGGAACCUACCCAGAUUUCAUUCUUGAUAGCAAAGUCCAAACUGGCUUUUGGCUUUGCUCGAGCUCUGAAGGAGAUUGAUCGCUCGAAUACCAUGUCAUGGCAAAGAUUGCUGGAGAUUGACCGUGAUCUGAGGCGUAUCUACCAUGGCAUUCCUGAAAUCUAUAAACUAGGACAACUUCAAGGCCGCGACUCCUUGGUGCUUAUAUCCGCCAGGUUCAAUCUGGCCAGCAUUCACCACAAAUCAAUUUGCGUUGUUCACAGCAGAUUUCUUGACAUCGGCAAGUCAGACCCGAGGUAUUCUUACUCGAGAAGAGCUUGCCUAAGUUCAGCCAUGGCGCUUCUUCGAUUUCAAGAUAUUCAGAAUCAAGAUGUCCCCAUUGAGGGUGGCAUCCGGAGCAUGACAAACUACCAAACUUCCUUUGCGAUCCACGACUAUCUUCUUGCGGCAACAAUACUUAGUGCUGACCUGUGCUCUGGUACCUCACUGAGCAGUACGACAAAUCAAAGUGCCACACAGCCUUCGCCUUCCAAGGUGGAAAUGGUCAAAGCAUUGAAAACGUGCGCAAGGAUAUUUCGACAGGUACAAGACUGGAGCAUGGAAGCCUUCAAAGCUGCCGACGUCUUGGAAAUGCUCGUUCAAAAGUUCGAGGCUCGAGAUGUGAUCGUACGGCAAAGCUCGAAGAAGUCGCCGUCUUGGAAUUCACAUUCCGGAUUCGGGCUUCGGAUUCAAGACCACCACGAGCCAACUUCAAACACCGUAACAAUUACAGCAAAACAGCCAUUGCUUUUCAGUGAGUCGGUGGGGGGCAUAUCUGACCCUGUAUAUCCAACGCCCCAAGAGCCAUGUCACGGGCCUUCUCCUCGUCAUCAUUUUAUGGGGAACGCAUCGCCAGCACCACACAUCACAAGUACCGACGAGACAGGAGUAGAGAGCCUUCCAAUAUGGCCAGGAGAUCGUGGCAACGACGCUUGCUUCCACUCUUCCAUCAAUACACAACUUUUCCCAGAGCCUGAGAUGUCCUGGGAUAGUACGACAUCAGGCUUGAACGGGUCCACGCAAUCCGCCCUUGGAGACGGAACAGGAGAUGAUGAUCCAGCUUCAUUUCCUGAUCCAGCGUCAUUCUCGACCCCCUUCAACCUGAAUGACCCCUUUGCGACACUCUGGGACCUCAAUCUGGCUACUUAUUAA